UGGUCACGCACCUUCGACGUAAUGUGUGACGUUCUACGUCACCAACGGUCCAAACGGGGCGGGGCUCGUUAACCAAGAUAUCGAAAUAAAGGAACGUGCAGAAAUUUUUAAGUAUCGUUCUUUUUCCCGAAAAGCAGAAGGUAAGGUAAAUCCCCCAUCAUGCCGAUUCGCCGAGCAGCAGCGACUCCAACCCAGGAGAAGGCCCCCUCCUCAGCUGCAGAGAAAGAAGCAGACGCCUCUGAGGAGUCGCCUUCUGCUGAGGAUGAGCAGGCUGCAUCUUCAGCUGCAACAGCUGAGGGCGAGGAAGAGACGUCAGGCGAUACCCGGUCAGACACUAAUGAAGAGAAGGCUGAAGAGGAUGCCUCUGAAGAGAAGGAUAAAAAAGAGGAUGAGAAAGAAAUGAAAUGCCAGGACUGCGCGGCUGGACAGUGUGCAACACACUGCUAUGUUCUCCUACUGAGGAUGAAGGAUGGCUACAAGUAUGAGAAAUCCAAAACCAAGAAGGUGAAACGGACUAUUCCUGCGUGGGCUAGCAUCACUGCAAGCAAAAAAAUUCCUGUUACCAACUAUGCAGGCACGCAGAACAAAGUGGAUAACAUCCUUAUAGAGGCUGUAGCGUCUUCUAAUGACCGGUCAGGGAUUUCAUUCCAGUCUGUCAUGAAAUUUAUGUUGAAAAAAUAUCCGAGCCUGGAGCUUAACAAGAAGAAGUUCCUCAUCAAGAAAGCGAUGAAGAAACACCUGGAGAAGGGCACCAUCAAACAGCUGAAGGGGAAAGGCCUGUCAGGAACUUUUGCUAUUGGGAAGCAGCCUCCUCAGUCAAAGAAAAGUGUUCAAAAACAGGAGCCUCUGGGAGACGCUCUUCCUCUCAUCAUCACUCGGCUCUGUGAGCCCAAAGAGGCUUCCUACGGUCUGAUCAAGAAAUACCUGGAGAAACACUUCCCCAGCCUCAACAUCGAGAACAGGCCUGAUGUUCUGAAGACUGCCCUGGUGAAGGCUGUAGAGAAGGGACAUCUGGAGCAAGUGACUGGGAAAGGAGCUUGUGGAACGUUUCAGCUGAAGCGUGCGAGCAAAGAGGCCUCACUGAAGGGCACCAUCUUGGAAGAUGCCAUCACGGUGGCCAUCACAGCCAUGAACGAGCCCAAAACCUGCAGCGCAACAUCUCUUCGAAAAUAUCUAAUAGACUCCAACAAGGACGUGAGGGAGAACCAGCUGGUGGCCAAUCUGAGGAGGACCCUGACCAAGUGCAAAGUUCUGGGCUGGAUUAAGCAGAUCACAGGCCAUGGCCUAACUGGCACCUACGGGCUCUCGUUCCCGUUUUACCCAAGUCCCAUCAUCCUGUACCCCGACAAGUUUAAUGAGCUUUCAAAGAAACCCGCCAAACGACGGCAGACGGUGGAAACUUCAGAUGAGGAGGAAGAGGAGGAGUCAGAAGAGGAAGAGUCCGAAGAUGAAGCUCCUCCUAAGAGGAAAACCAAGGUGCUAUCACGCAAGGAUCGGCGUCCUCCACCAGCCAAAACUUCCAGACGUGCCAGCCAGUCGAGAGCGCGAGGCAGAGCCCACCCACCUGCAAAGAAGACUCCUCCCAAGAAAGCAGCAGUUCCAGCCAAGAAAUCUGGAGGAAGACAGACCACCUCCAAGAAGGAAUCGGCAGAAACUCCCGUCAAGAAAGGUGCUGCCUCCAGAAAGCCUAAAAAACCCGCCGUAAAAAAGCUGAACAAAAGGGGAGCCAGAAGACCCGUGUCCAGGGAGUCCACCCCCGAGGAGUCUGAUGAUGAGGUGGAGACGACGAAGGGUGGGUCCAGACGGUCUAAACCUGAGUCCUCACCAGCUAAGCCAGUGGAAAAGGAGACAACAAGAAGUGGGUCAAAGAGAUCUAAACCCCAGGAGUCGCUGCCGGAAGAGCCUGCAGUCAAGAAACCGGCAACCAAAGGUGGCUCCAAGAAAUCUAAAGCUGAAGAGCCAUCUCCAGAGGAGCCUCCGGUCAAAAAGCAGGCAACCAAAGGUGGGUCCAAGCGUUCUGAGCCGGAGUCGAAACCUGUUGUCAAAAAAGAGAUGAAGACCAAAAAACAGUCUACCCGGAAGUCCAAGAGAGGGAAGAACUGAACCCACGGGCUCCUGCUGGCACCUGGCCUGUGCUACAUGUGUUUUAUAUUUUCUCUAUUUUUAUCCAUGCUUUUCUCUUUUUAAAGAGCCGUAGUUUUAGUAAAGUUCAUUUUUAUUUCCUUUUGCAGAAUAACUGUUAUUCUAACGUUCUGUUAGCGGUACCUUCAGGGUUCAUGAUGAAUUUUUUUUUUACUGUGAUGUGUAGAAGAGCUCAGUGUUGAGAGGGUAAUGGAACCCACCGUACUGGAGCCAGAGCCAUGCCAUGAUUUGUGCUGAUGAUUUACCUGAAGGAAAAAAACACUGUUCGUGUUCCAGUCCUGUUAACAACGGUUUGUGUGUGUGUAAAAGCAUAAACAAACAUGGAUUUUAUAGCUUCACAACUGUUAGUACCAAACUGUAAGCAACGUGUGUUGUGAAUAGAAACCAGGAGUGUAAAAGCUCAGACAUAAUGUGCGUGCAUGUAUUCCUUGUGUUUAGUUUUUUUCCCCAGGUCAUUAAUAAAACGACUAUUUGUAAA